GGGCAUGCGCACGCGGUAGCAGCUGUCCUGUUGCGACAGAAGGAAAGCGCGGAGCGGCCGGUGCGGGUUGAGCGGCGCGGGCCGCUUCCCCCCGCCGCGCCAUGCCUUCGGACCUGGCCAAGAAGAAGGCGGCCAAGAAGAAGGAGGCGGCGAAAGCCCGGCAGCGGCCCCGCCGCGCCCCGGAGGAGAACGGCGAUGCCGGGACGGAGCCACAGGAGGUGCGGGCACCGGAGGCCAACGGAACGCCGCUGCCAGAAGUGGAUGCUCUUACGAAGGAGCUGGAGGACUUUGAAUUAAAGAAAGCUGCUGCUCGCGCUGUGACAGGAGUGCUGGCUUCCCAUCCCAACAGCACCGAUGUGCACAUCAUUAACCUCUCGUUGACCUUCCAUGGCCAAGAGCUGCUGAGCGAUACAAAACUUGAGCUGAAUUCCGGGCGGCGGUAUGGCCUCAUUGGGCUCAAUGGGAUCGGGAAAUCCAUGCUUUUGUCAGCUAUUGGAAAACGAGAAGUGCCCAUUCCAGAGCACAUUGACAUCUAUCACCUGACCAGAGAGAUGCCUCCCAGUGACAAGACCCCUCUACAGUGUGUGAUGGAGGUGGAUACAGAGAGAUCCAUGUUAGAACGAGAAGCAGAGCGUCUGGCUCACGAAGAUGCGGAGUGUGAGAAACUCAUGGAGUUGUAUGAACGUCUGGAGGAGCUGGAUGCUGACAAGGCAGAAGCGCGGGCCUCUCGUAUCCUACACGGCUUGGGGUUUACGCCAGCCAUGCAGAGGAAGAAGCUGAAGGACUUUAGUGGUGGCUGGCGAAUGAGGGUGGCUCUUGCUAGAGCCCUCUUCAUUCGGCCGUUCAUGCUACUGCUAGAUGAGCCCACAAACCACCUUGACCUGGAUGCCUGCGUGUGGUUGGAAGAAGAACUGAAAACGUUCAAGCGGAUCCUUGUGCUGAUAUCCCACUCCCAGGACUUCUUGAAUGGCAUCUGCACCAACAUAAUCCACAUGCAUAACCGCAAACUGAAGUACUAUACGGGAAAUUAUGAUCAGUAUGUAAAAACUCGCUUGGAACUGGAAGAAAAUCAAAUGAAGCGUUUCCACUGGGAACAAGAUCAGAUUGCCCACAUGAAGAAUUAUAUUGCACGAUUUGGUCAUGGUAGUGCAAAGCUGGCCAGGCAAGCUCAGAGCAAGGAGAAGACCCUUCAAAAAAUGAUGGCUUCUGGCUUGACAGAGAGAGUGGUAAAUGAUAAGACUUUAUCAUUCUACUUCCCACCCUGUGGAAAAAUCCCCCCUCCUGUCAUCAUGGUGCAGAAUGUCAGCUUCAAAUACACGAAGGAUGGGCCAUGGAUCUAUAAUAACCUGGAGUUUGGGAUUGACCUGGAUACCCGUGUUGCUCUUGUUGGACCUAAUGGAGCUGGAAAGUCAACACUGCUGAAACUGCUCACAGGAGAGUUGCUGCCCACAGAUGGGAUGAUUCGCAAGCAUUCACAUGUGAAGAUUGGUAGAUACCACCAGCACUUGCAAGAGCAGUUGGACUUAGACCUCUCACCCCUGGAGUACAUGAUGAAAUGCUACCCAGAAAUCAAGGAGAAGGAGGAGAUGAGAAAAAUCAUUGGCAGAUAUGGUCUGACAGGGAAACAGCAGGUGAGCCCCAUCCGGAACCUCUCCGAUGGGCAGAAGUGCCGUGUGUGCUUUGCGUGGCUGGCCUGGCAGAAUCCCCACAUGCUUUUCCUGGAUGAGCCCACCAACCACUUGGACAUAGAAACAAUAGAUGCUCUGGCAGAUGCUAUCAAUGACUUUGAAGGAGGAAUGAUGCUUGUCAGCCACGACUUCAGACUCAUCCAGCAGGUUGCUCAGGAGAUCUGGGUCUGUGAGAAGCAGACAAUCACCAAGUGGCAAGGUGACAUCCUCGCCUAUAAGGAGCAUCUCAAGUCCAAGCUGGUGGAUGAGGAUCCGCAGCUCACCAAGAAGACCCAUAAUGUGUGAGCUCAGACAGCUGGCCAGGUGCUCUCCAUGCAAGACUGACAGUGGCCAAUGUGACUCGCUCACCUGUUGACUGGAGUGGGACUGCUGCUAUCUGUGGCUGUGUUCUAGGAUUGCUGCAAUACUGCUUCCCCUUGACUUGCCUUGCACCUCUGUAUCUGGACAGAUAUCUUCUCUCCUGAUCUGGCUUAAUUUGGGCAGCCAUUUCCCAUGUUUAGAUGAUGCCUCAUCUGAGCCAGGCCUUGGAAUCCAGUGGCCUGUGUUGUGGCAGUUAGGGUGUCUGAGUUGCAGUGAUACAGAAGUGGAGGCCCCGGCCCAGCUUAUCCCGCAUCUUCCUCCCCAGUUUCUGCUUCAGUUUAGAUACUUCACUUCAAACUCCUCUGGCCUCGGUUUGUUUUUAACUAUUAUUUAACAGUGUAAUUACAAGAUCUGCCUGAGAAUCCAUCAGUCAAUAAAGAGGGAAGAACAGUCUCAUUUUGUGAGCUGUAGUAGUUCCUGGGGCAUGCUGGGGCUCAUCAGCUGGUACUGGGCUUUACCAAAGCUCACUGCUACCAAAGUCCUCUUGUUAUGACCAGAAAUUGUGCUGUAUGUGAAGGGGUGAGUACUGAGCUCUGGAGUUGUACGCAGCAGGGCAGAAUCCACUGAUGGAGUACUGGGUCUUCCAGGUAAUGACAGAAGGGGGAGCAAGCUACACAUGCUUUUUUUUGUUGUUGUUAAUAGAUACAGCUUGAAAGGUUCCAAAGAUUGGAAAGUAGAGAUGAAAUGUAGAUCUGUAGAAUACCAGUGUGUGUGCUCCGCAACAGAGCAGCUUUGAUGCAUGUUUUUUUCUUUCACCUUGAACUUAAUGGGCCUAAUACAAGGCUCUCAAUAAAUCAGGAUUUUUGGGCUAUGAA